CAGCCCUCUAGUAGUGGCAGCAACCAACACAAGUGUGUUGAGUCUCUCCUCGCUGCUUCAGUUUUUGUGCUGUAUAAACCAGCCAUUUAUCAUCAAUCAUGGCCGCCGGAGUACAAAUCUAAACCCGUCUUCCCUCCCUGUCGUUUGGAGGGGAGGAUUUUGUUUGAGGGAACAGAUAUUAGUCCCACACUGAUUUGGAUUUCCUCUUGGAAUUACAAUACAUCUCACAAGGGAAUACCAUUCAUGUCAAUACUCCAAAAUGCAGCCGCCGCCGAGGAAGGUCAAAGUGACACAGGAGCUGAAAAACACACACGCAGAGCAGAUGACAAGACUGCACUUUAAACACCAGACUGAAUGUGACCUGCUCGAAGAUAUGAGGAGCUACAGUCUGAAGAAAGGACAGCUGGAAAGGGACUAUGCACAGGCUCUGCAGAAGUUAGCAAGUCAGUACCUUAAGAGAGACUGGCCUGGAAUCAACCCUGAUGACCAGAGAACAGACUACAGGAAUGUGUAUGCAGUGUGGAGAUCCUACUUAGAAGGUACAGUGCAGGUGAGCCAGUCCAGGCUCAACGUGUGCGACAACUACAAAAGUCAAGUAUCAGAGCCAUCUAAGACUGUUAGACUCUACAAGGAGCAGCAGCUGAAAAAGACCAUAGAUCAGUUGAGUGGCAUUCAAGCUGAGCUGCAGGAGUCGGUGAAAGAAUUGGCCAAAGCCAAGAAAAAAUACUAUGACUGCGAGCAGGUCGCCCACGCCGUACGAGAGAAGGCUGACAUAGAGGCCAAGUCUAAAUUGGGACUUUUUCAAUCAAGAAUUAGUUUACAGAAAGCAAGUGUGAAGUUGAAAGCAAAAAGAAGUGACUGUAAUUCAAAGGCAACACAGGCCAGGAACGACUACUUACUUACACUAGCUGCUGCCAAUGCUCACCAUGACCGGUACUACCACACAGAUCUGCUGCACUGCAUACAGGCUCUGGAUGGCAGGAUCUAUGAGCAUGUGAAAGACUACCUGGUAGCGCUGUGUCGGACAGAACUAGAGGCCUACCAAGCCACACAUAACACCUACCAGUUCCUGUUGGAUAAAUCUACCAGGAUAAUACAGGAGUUCAACCAGCAGUUGUUCAUGCAGGAGAAUCCCAUAUUUCACAAAGCACAAGACUUUCAGUUCCAGCCUAGCGAAUGUGACACGAGUCGUCAGCUGGAGUCAGAGACGGGGACGACAGAGGAGCACAGCCUGAACAAGGAGGCCAGAAAAUGGGCGACCAGAGUAGCACGAGAACACAAGAAUAUCAUACAUUACAAGAGAUGUUUGGAAGAGUGUGAGAGCCAUGGGUUGCCCCCCACAGAGCAGGGCAGACUGGAUCUAGAGCUGAAGAUAGAAGACACAAAAGAAAGCAUGCGGAAAGCUGAGACAAUAAAACUAAAAGCCGAGGCUCGCCUGGACCUUCUGCGGCAGGUGGGGGUUGCUGUGGACACGUGGCUGAAGAGUGCUAUGAACCAGGUGAUGGAGGAGUUGGAGAAUGAACGUUGGGCCAGCUACACAUCCCACGAUCCCUCACUGUCGGGCACAGUGGACUUGGAGCGUGAGGAAGGCGAGGAGUGUGAAGAGAACAUGGAGGUUUUUGACGAUAGCAGUUCUAGUCCUUCAGGGACCCUUCGAAACUACCCACUCACCUGCAAAGUCCUGUACUCAUACAAGGCCUCUCAGCCAGACGAGUUAACUAUUGAUGAGAAGGAGAUGUUGGAGGUCAUUGAAGAUGGAGAUAUGGAGGACUGGGUCAAGGCUCGCAACAAGACCGGUCAAGUGGGCUAUGUCCCAGAGAAAUACCUGCAGUUCCCAACUUCCAACAGUCUGCUGAGCAUGCUCCAGUCUCUGGCCACACUUGAUGCUCGAUCGCACACCUCAUCCAAUUCCACAGAGCCGGAGCUGCACUCCAAUUGCGUCAAUGGAGACACUAACGCCAUGUAUGUCCGUGCACUUUAUGAUUACGAGGGCCAGGCGGAUGAAGAGCUCUCCUUUGCAGAGGGAGCGGUGAUACGCCUUCUGAAUCGCGACACCCAGACAGACGAUGGCUUCUGGGAGGGGGAGCUCAAUGGACGAGUGGGUGUGUUCCCCUCCGUGCUGGUAGAAGAUCUCACAGAGAACGGGGAGACCAGUGGUGGAGGGACAGGUGACAUACAGAUUUCACCAUCUCUGAAGCUGCCAUCUUCUCUGCCACCUCUUCCGCUCUAUGACCAACCUCCCAUCAGCCCUUUCACCAGCCCCGAGACCUCCACUCCGCCUCCUCUCCCACGCUCACCCUCAACUGCACUCAAUGGGGAACACAAGCCCCCGCCUCCUGCCUCUUCACACAAGGGAUCGCUAUCCACCCACAAUCAAAGCUCUGGCAGGAGUCCAGUAUCUCCUGGAUUUGCUCAGACUCAGCCUCUAAGAUUCACUCCUGAAGGAGGCCCCAGCAAACUACGACCUGUGCGAGCUGCUCCUCCUCCCCCUAAACAACACUCCCGCCGACAGCAGGACAAGAGCGACAAAACAGAAGAGGUGGAGAUCACACUGGUGUGACAGACAGCCGAGCUAGCAAGCGGUUAUAGAGAUAUGAAAAAAUCCUAACAGAAGACAGACACACGUAUCCUACAGGCUGGGGAACUGAACUGCUCUGAACUGAAGUCAGCCAAAAUAAAGUGAUGUGAAGUGAACUGAACUGAAGCACGUCUUUCGCCCUCAGCCUCUACACAUCUUCUCUCAACCUCAAGUUGAGGAAGAGAGCAGGGACACGGGAUAAAAAGAGUAUCCGAUUAAAUAAUCUCCGUAUUAGCUUCCUAAUGAAGUGCAGCAGUAGCUGCCCCCGCAUCCCUUCCUGCCCUCUCCUGUCCUUCCAUUCUUGCCUUAAAAUUUCACCUCAUCGGGCAGCAAGCCCGAGCACACUCAAGAGGAGGAAGAAUGUUAUUGUGAGGGGUUGUGAAGGAAAAUUAAUGAUGUGUUUGGCAAGGUUUCUUUCAUCAUAUUAAGCUUACUCUAAUAUAAUUUUAUUAGCAAAUGUUAAUCAUGAGCCAAAUUAUGGAGACCUUAAACUGACUAAAUGAAGUUUAGACAUUCAAGAAAUCUAACAUGGAUUUUUGAAGGAGUUGUUAUACUUUAAAGGGGUAUCAAUUAUCUUAUUUAGCUGCACAUUAAUUCCCUUUUGGUGACCAUUUUUUCAUUUGUAUGCUAACAUUUGAGAAUUACAAAGCAGAUCAGUUUGCAGGAAUGAUUUUACUUGUUUUUUAUAGUUAGCUUAUUUAACCAAAAGUUAUGAUCAUGAAACACAGAAAACAGCUUUUUCAGCUAGUUAAAGGAAAGGUAAAAUGUGUUCAUCAGGCUAUAAAACCUGUGCUAGUCAUUUUUAUUUAUAAGGAUUCUGAACUACAUACUUCUGUGGCAUUGCAUCGCUUAUCUGUUCAAAUGUCACCAAUGUUUUAACCCUUGUAACAGCAGCGGAACAAUUUUAGCUGGUGAGUUCACAAAGUGAGCUAAAAACCAAUAUACAACCAUAACAUGAGACUCAAGUGUUUACCUUUAAUUUAUCAUAAUUUAACAAGGAAUAUCAAUGAAAAUGCUUUCCUGUCAGAUACAUCAACAUUACUAAAAAAGCAUUUCUGGUCACAAGGUACAAUUAAUAAGUUACUGCCAUUUAUUUUUGUUUUAACCAGAUGCCUGCAAAGUCCCUAAAAGGUAUUUAUCCCUGUAAAUGCCCUCUGUUCCCAGCAUAAUCUUUCCAAGUUGCAGUAAUGUCUCUGAAGACACUGAUAAAUUCUUAAACUUUGAAAGUGAGCAACACAGUAGUCACCAGUUAAUCCAGUGCCAGUUAAACUGUGACACUGGCUGCAUUCAUCAGACAAAAUAAUGAUAAAAAAGGUGACGAGUGAAAACUUCUGGCUGUGUUUUGUUACUUAUGAGUCUUAAAAUCGCAACAUGCGAUCAAGUAUUUUAGGAUCAUUUAACCCUUAGAAGUCCACUGGCUAUUUUAUUGCCAUUAUGUAAAUACUUUUCUUUUGACAAUAUACACCACUCAGAAAAUGUUUACCAUUCUCAUGUUUGAUAUAAUUUUUUCAACACAACCACAACUUUGUGAAAUAAAUACUACUUUUUGCUUUAGCUUACUGUAUUAGAUAUAGGACCUCCAAAAACACACACAUUUAAAUUGUUUUUUAAAAAAAAUAUCUGACAUGAUGAAAUUGUCAUAUCAAGAGUUAGACAUUUAGAAAAUACAUUAAAGUAAUAAAAUUACAUUUCAAGUUAAAAAUUAGUAUUUUAUACAGAAUACAUGUGCAUCAAUAGGUUUUUUUGACCGCUUAUCGUGCCCGAGUUUGAAAUAAUUUUUUUACUUAAUUGUUCAGAGAAAAAUAUGGCAUCUUUGUAUUCCAAGAUCCCCAACAUUGCAAAUUAAGCAUGAAAAGAUGUACAAGUGAGCCAGAAUCAAGCUACAUGCAUACAAAUAAGAUUAUGUAAAUAACAGUUUUUCAGUGUUUAACUGUCCCACUGUAAAAUAUUUUUUCAACAUAAUUACAAGGAAAAUCAAAUUACACUGACUGCAUUUUUUUACAGUAUAAUUCAUUUGCAGAAAGUAAAUUUAAGUUUGUUUUUUUUUCUCCUUCAAAAAAAAUUACAAAACGCUGAAAUUGUGGUUGACCAGUGCCAGUCCUGUAUGGUAUGGGACACUGUGGCCCAUGUAUGAAAUUAAUUUUAUAUCAAAUUCAAUAAUAUUUCCUGUUUUGAUUAACCUAUUGAAAUCAGACAAAAACUGAAAGAGAUUUUGAAAUCACACUUUCCACUCAAAGUAAUUUCAAUGUAAAAUGUGGCUUUCUUCGCUUGCUAUCAUGUAACAAAAUAGCACACGAUGUUACGCCGGUGUUAUCGUGGAUUCCUAUGGCUUAAACAUGAUUUUUUUUUUCUUAAUUUCUAUGAUUUUCGGUUAUUCCAAAUGACCUUUUGUGGCCCACCGACAGUAACUCUAGGGCCCACCGCUGGGCACUGGCCCACACUUUGGAAAGCACUGGCUUAACAAGUAGCUUCCUGGUUAAAACGCUUAAGCUACUGUUACAAGAGUUUAUACAAUACAACUGCAAUAUCAUGCAGUUUUCAAAGCUGCAGAAUACAUUUUUUUAGUCAUUAAGUUCUAUGCAACAGUAAUGUUUGUAAGAGGGCUAGCUAGUUAACAGGCCUUUGGUCUUAAAGAAAGAAACACGAAAAGUUGCACCAUCAGGAAAGUGAUGAGAGACAAAGUAUUUUUCAGCCCCAUAAGAAAGAAAAUUCAAUUGGCUUGUGAAAGGUUAAAAACUUUUAUCAUUGACCUACCUUUGCUCUAGUUUAAGUGCCAGAUCUCUAUAAAAGUAAGCUUACUAAGAGUGAAAAAGACAAAACUUGCCAAACAUGUCAUGUUUAGAGUGCAGCUGGGGUUAUUAAAUGGACAGAGACACUGGGUUGUGUGUGAACGCAGAGACCCCUGGCCAGCCCUACCCUCACCAUAUAUAGUUCUUAUUAUCAUACGUAUUAAAUGUGUAUUAGUACAGUACAUUACUGUUGUCAUAGGAAUGUUAUGCACAGCGUUUCAUAUAGACUUAACUCUGCUGAAUGGAAAACCCUGUCUGAUAUGUAGUGGAAGUUUUAUCCUCAUCUUAUUCUGAAAGGGCAUUGUAAAUACAGUAUGAAGGAGAGAUGAAAGAGGAGAGGAAGGGAGAGAAUGAACAAAUAAGGGAGAAGAUGGAGGCUGGAUCCUCCCUUCUGCUCUUUUUUCCUCUGUAUCUCUUCCCAUCCUUCUUUUCUUUGUCUCCCUCUUUCCUCUGAUGUCUGUUCUGUCUGUUGGCAGUGUGAAUCGGUGGCUAUCAUACACACAUACAGCUACAUUAUAUUUCACAUACAUCGCUAUAACUUCUCUCAUUCUGUGACCCUCUGUAUGCUUGUAUCUCUGAUUGAAGAGGAGGCUGCUGGUGCUUUUAAAGGCACUGAAAGUGUUUGUAUUCACUACAUGGUGACAAAGAAAAGACUUAUUUGAGAUGAUAUCAACACAGAGGUUUUAUUAAUCUCAGAGUGAACUGUAUAUCUCCUCUCACUGAUUAUCUUCACCUACAACAUACGUAUAUCCUUUCUGCAGGUGUUCUAGUUUCGUUUGCCAAGCACCUCCAUCACGUUACUGCUUUUCUGCCAUAUUAAAAACCAACAAUGUGAGUUUUCAACACAGGAGAGAAACAUCUAAAAACUUCAAAUCUCCAAUUUUUACGAUCCUUUUGUUACCCUCAUGUCUUACAUUUCAUCUUCGAUUUAUGGUGGUUGAAACAAAACAAGAGAGGUAUGUGUCACAUGUUAUGGACUAGCAGAUGACAUUCAAAUGAAGCUAAGUACAAUUCUUUUUGUGUUAUUUACUGAAAGUAAUUAAAUCUCCCUCCUUAAAAACCCUUAAAGCCUUUGAAACUCCUUUGCCUAAAGGGCAGCGUAGCACUUUUAUUUAUUUGUACCUCCCCUGGAAAGUAGCACUACCUUUACAUAGCAUCAGAAUGAACAGAAAACAAUCUGACUUCAGAGAAAUCAGGGUUAUUCUUUUCAUUUUGAUUCUGUGGUGGAUCCUUUUUAUUUCUGUGUGACUGAUUACUUUCUUUAUUAUUAUCUCUUUCAAAGAGACGGAGAAAUAAGACAGUGUAAUUUGGUGUUUUUUUAACUUAAACAGAAGAACAAAAAAGACACCUUGCUGAUAGUAAGGGAUGUUUUGUAUGAAGACUUGGAGAGAAAGCAGUUUUAUGUUUAGGUGGUUCAAAUAGAUUAGUAUUUGAUACUAAAGCUGUAAAAGUGUGCCCCCAUUUCCUUUCAACAUAUUUCUUAAACUAGAUUUCUCAAUGUUUACUCUAAAAACCUUUCAAAAUAAACUCAGAAGACAGUCUGAAAAUGCAGCAUACAAGAAAAUCUGAGCUCCUUAAUGAUAGAAGUCUCAUUUGUGGGAACAAAUACAAAAUCUGAAAAGCAUAAACAUGAAGUCUAAACUGUAUAACUCUGGAAAAAACUUUAAAUUGUUUUCGUCUUACACACUAACUUAAAAACUGCAAAAGAGCCUAAGGAUUGAUGAGGUACAUAUGUCAUUGUACUGGUGUGUUUUGAGGAGAUGGGUUAUAGUUUUAGUGAAAUGAAACCCUUCAACACAGUGGUUCUCAACUGGUUGUUCAAAGCCCAGAAGUGGGUCACAAAUGCAUGCCUGUAAAAAGGUUUAGUGGAAAAGACUCUGAUAUUAAGAAGCCUUAAGUGGACAUGCAUCUAUGUAUUUGAUUUUACAUUGUUUUGCAGUGAUAGUGAGAUCUAGUCUAAUUUUUUGAGAUCUUAGAAUAACAAAGCUGUUUUAUCCUGUGAUUGUGUGUUUUCUUCUUGAGAUCUCUAGAAAAGAAAAUCUUGUUAUCAAGGGAAAAAAUGUAUGCAUGCAUGUCUGCUUAGGACUUCUGUGGUAAUUGGCCUUGUUUUGUCCUGCCUUUUUGUUGAGUCUUGCGUUCUGUUUAACCUAAGGUCCACUCUUCUCCAUUAAAUAUAUCUCAUUCGUUGAAAAUUCAGGCUUCUCAUUAAGGAAGUGUUGAUAGGUUGUCAGGCAAAAUCAGCUGAGAACCACUGCUUUAAAAUUCAAGAGGGGUCUGGGUGCAGACCGCACAUUUCUGACUGCCACUCUCACAGACCGUUCAUCUGAGACACCGUAAAUCCAAUAAAAUAGUCCUGUAGUUUGCCGGUACUGUAUAUCUCCAAUUUAGGAUUAAAAAAAAAAAAAAAAAAAAAAAAAUCAGCUUUAUUCAUAAACAAAGUUUUGCAGUUAUACUCAUGAAAUAACCACAUUGGAAACAUUACAAAUUAAGAAACAUUUCAUAGAUCAAACAGAGAAAAAAAGGCCAGAGGUCUAAGCCAGACCAAAUUAUGUAUAGACCUGUUUUAGAAGUAGUAACAUGAACAGUGGAUCACUUAAAUUAUGUUAGCUAUAGCUAAAGCUAACGUUGUUAUGCUAGCUACAUAAUCAACAUUUCCAAAUAAGCCAGUGUGGCAAAGAUAGCUUUAGCAACAUAAGCUUAAGCAAACAAUAGUUAAAGCUAAUGUAGCUAUAUAGAUAGCACACCUAUGCAGCUUACAUAGCUACUUUCUGAGCUUAGCCUUAGUUUCAUUCGUUACUUAGUUGCGUUAUCUCUGUAGCUAUGUAGGUUCAUUAUCUAUAGUUAAGAUAGCUUUAGCAACGUGGGCUUUAGCAAUGUGAGUUUUAGCAAUGCCAACUUUAGCAAAUAUAGAUUAAGCUAACAUAGCUAUGUAGAUAAUAAACCUACAUAGCAUACAUAGCGACUUUGUAAGCUUAGCUUUAGCGACGUUUGCCACAUACUCCAUUUCCUAUAGCUAAGUUAGCUUUAGCAAAGGUAGCUAGAGCUAACUUAGCUCCACAGAUAAUGUUGAUACAUAGCUUACAUUGCUGUUUUUUAAAGGUUAGCUUUAGCAAUGUGAUCUACAUAGCUUAGCUAUGUAGCUCUUUUUUGUAGCUUUGGUAGCUUAUGGAGCUACAUAAGCUAUGCUUGUUGGGUUUUGUAGGUUAGGUUUUUGAUUUUAACUUAUGGUAUUCUAACUGUUACCUUAACCCUUCCCAUAACUCUAAACAGAAGUUUAAUCUUUUGUUAUUUAAAGGUUUUAGCAUGCAUUUCUGCUCUGAGACAUGUGUUGUCUCAUAUGAACGGUCUGGGAGAGUUGCUGUCAGAGAUAAAUGGUCUGCAACCAGACUAUCCUUUAAAAUUCGGAUCUAGGUUUUAAUUCUUCGGUUUCCUAUUUGUGAAGUAAAGUAAAAUUCUAAAACAAUCAUGUUAGAAUGAGCAUCAUGUUCUGAUCCAAAUCUCUGCCCUUUUUGUUAUCAACUUGUAAAAGCGUCAUUGAGUUUAUCUGAGUGGCAGCUUCAACUCUCUGGGAUCUUAUAUCUAGUGGUUUUACAAUCUUGUUUCAGAGUUUAUGGUUUAGAGCAGCAUCACUCAGAACUUUCACCCACAAAUACAUAAACAAUUCUUCAGAUGUCUGAUUUAUGACAUCUUUUGGCCUGUUGCCACUUUGAACAUGAAUAUUCUCACUUUUAAGUAGUCCCCUUGGCCCGUCGUACCAUUAAAUUAUUUGGUAUUGGCCUCUUUUAUGCAUUUUGCUUUUCUUUCUUUGAUUUGUAGCAGCUGCCCUGCUGCUACAUUUAACAAUGUGGUGGAACAACUUGCCUUCUCUCUCUCUCUUCAUAGACUGUUGCCAUGUUGACAAUAUUGAGAAAAGGUGCAAAAGUCUUUCAGCAUAUUAUUACUGGCUGUACAAAAAAACAAAGUUUGUAUUUAUUGUGUACAAAUGUUAAUUAAUAA